AUGCAUACGUUAGCCUAUAAACACAGCAAUGCUCACGACGAUAGUAUUUGGUCAUGCGAUUGGGGUGAAUUGCGAACUACAAAAACUAUAGAUCGAGACGAUUUCGACAAAGGUGAUGAGUCCGACGAAGAAGUACAAGAACUUUCGUCGGAUUGUAUAGUUACUGGUUCCAUUGAUGAAACUGUGAAAAUAUGGAAUUACGAUAAGGCGACCAAUCUCAAUCUUGACAAAACUCUAAGUGAACAUUCACUAGGUGUGAUAUCUGUUGCACUGAAUUCAGAUGCAUCGAUAAUUGCAUCCAGUGCAUUAGAUUCCACGUUAACGUUAUGGAACACUACGACAGGAGAGAAAAUAAAAACAUUCUCAAUUGGACCUGUUGAAUUAUGGACAAUUGCAUUUUCACCAGAUGACAACUACAUUAUUUCUGGUAGUCAUUCUGGUAAAAUUAACUUGUUUGGCGUUGAAACAGGAAAACAAGAACAAACAUUUGACACUAGAGGAAAAUUUACAUUGAGCAUAGCUUACAGUCCAGAUGGUAAAUACAUAGCUUGUGGUGCUCUAGAUGGUAUCAUCAAUGUCUUCGAUGUUUUGUCCGGCAAACUUACUCACACACUUGAAGGACAUGCUAUGCCAAUUCGAUCAUUGUGCUUUUCAUCGGAUUCAAAAUACUUAUUAACAGGAGCAGAUGAUGGUCAAAUGAAAAUCUACGCAGUUCAUCAUGCUGAAGUAUUGGGAACUGUAUCUGGUCAUGGUUCAUGGGUAUUGAGUGUGGACUUUUCACCAGACUGUAAAAGCUUUGUUUCGGGCAGUGCUGAUAAUACGGUUAAAGUCUGGGACGUAGCCAACCGUAGUUGUUUAAAUACAUUAAAAGAACAUAAAGACAAAGUAUGGUGUGUGAAAUAUAACUCGACUGGAGAUAAAAUGGUAUCAGUGUCUGAUGAUGCAUCAAUUAAUAUAUAUUCAUCUCUUUAA